AUGCAAACUAUAUUGUAUACUACUACUACUACUACUACUACUACUACUACUACUACUACUACUACUACUACUACUACUACUACUACUACUACUACUACUACUACUACUACUACUACUACUACUACUACUACUACUACUACUACUACUACUACUACUACUACUACUACUACUACUACUACUACUACUACUACUACUACUACUACUACUACUACUACUACUACUACUACUACUACUACUACUACUACUACUACUACUACUACUACUACUACUACUACUACUACUACUACUACUACUACUACUACUACUACUACUACUACUACUACUACUACUACUACUACUACUACUACUACUACUACUACUACUACUACUACUACUACUACUACUACUACUACUACUACUACUACUACUACUACUACUACUACUACUACUACUACUACUACUACUACUACUACUACUACUACUACUACUACUACUACUACUACUACUACUACUACUACUACUACUACUACUACUACUACUACUACUACUACUACUACUACUACUACUACUACUACUACUACUACUACUACUACUACUACUACUACUACUACUACUACUACUACUACUACUACUACUACUACUACUACUACUACUACUACUACUACUACUACUACUACUACUACUACUACUACUACUACUACUACUACUACUACUACUACUACUACUACUACUACUACUACUACUACUACUACUACUACUACUACUACUACUACUACUACUACUACUACUACUACUACUACUACUACUACUACUACUACUACUACUACUACUACUACUACUACUACUACUACUACUACUACUACUACUACUACUACUACUACUACUACUACUACUACUACUACUACUACUACUACUACUACUACUACUACUACUACUACUACUACUACUACUACUACUACUACUACUACUACUACUACUACUACUACUACUACUAUCACCAGUACUUUUACUGAAUAUGUCAAUUUUUAA